AUGAUUGGGCGAGAAGAAACUGCCGUUCGAAUCAGGGGUGCGUUGCUCGUUGGCACGCCGCCAAGCAGCGGAACCCAGGUCAGCCAGGCGUUCCUAGGGAGGGGCGAUUCACCCUACAUGCACCUAACCAGUCAGGAACUUUGGAAUCAGGAUGAGGCUUUUCAAUAUGCCCACCGAGCCAUUGGGGGGGCUUUCGAAGAGUGGCAGAGAGAUGAUGCACUGCGGACAGAUGGACGAGCGCGGCGUUUCAUGUUCCAAGCUUUCGAAACCGGUUCGGGCAUUGACCAAGCCCAACUUGUUGCAACACAAACUGAUGCGCUUAUCGGUGUGGUGAAUGGCUCUGAGGAGCCGUUUAUAAGUCUGGACUACCUGGAUAGCCUAGUUUGGGCAAAUCUUUGGGAAGGACAUUGCCAUAGACUGUCUGGAUUCGGUCAUGCUCCUUUCUGGGAAGCCCCGGAACUGUUUGAAGCUCUGCUAAUACGAUAUGUGUACUCGAGGGUAUCUCUAGAAAGCCAAUAA